AUAAGCAUUUCAGUUGGUAUCCUAAAGAGAGUGAUCUCUCUUACGAGCAACAAAAGUUUAUCUGUAUAAACUUAGUCUUAUGAAUUCACAAUUGAUAUCAGCUGUAAACAAAUGUGGCAUUGAGUUGACAAUUAAAAAUAGUGAGCAAUAAUUUUACAAUAAUGAAGAUUUCACGUUUCAAAAAGGCACAUAAAACGUUAUCAUUUUUUGCAACAAAUUUUGAAUACCGAGAGCCAUACCAGAUUUUAAUAGAUGCCACUUUUUGCCAGUUAGCCCUACAAAAUAAAGUUAUAAUCGAAGAACAAAUUAAAAAAUAUUUUCAGUCAACUAUAAAAUUAAUAACUACUCAAUGUGUAAUACUGGAAGCGGAAUCUCUGGGAAGUCCACUGGCUGGAGCUACUAUGAUUGUGAAACAAUUUCAUGUGCACAAAUGUGGCCACGAAGGUGCACCUGUACCAGCUUCACAAUGUAUUAAGUCAAUGACAAAAGGUGGGCGUUACAUCGUGGCCUCACAGGACCGUAGUUUACAAACUAGCCUUAGAAAAGUGCCCGGUAGAAUACUGUUGUAUUUGCACAAAGCUACACCCGUUUUAGAAGAGCCCUCCGAAGCAUCCAAAAAAUAUGUUUCCAAAAAAUAUCAGAAAAGCCUAACCAGUGGCCUCGAAAAUCAUGUAGAAAAUUUAAAGCAAAUACAGAUUUUACAAAAUGAAAAAAUGGAUAAUCGAAUCAAACAGCGAAGAGGACCAAAAAAUCCAAACCCACUUUCAUGUAAAAAGAGCACGAAGCAAAAAGGUAAAACACAAAACAAAAUAAUUUCAAAAGAAAAUAAAUUGAGAGGAUCAAGUAAAGUGCAAAUGAAGAAAAAACGUAAGCGUAUAAAAACAACAAAUCGUAUUAACUCAACAUAGCGAUAUAAAAAUAUUUAAUAAAUUGCUACCGUAUAUCGUACAUUUGUACUCAAAAUUA